CCGGGGCCGGCGGAGCCUGCGGGGGGCGGCUCGGCCCUGCCGCUCCCGGGGCCGGAGGAUGAGCGGCAAGGAAGACCCCGGCAAGGGCUGCGCGGCGGCCGCCCCGCUCUCCAGUUUCACCAUCCAGUCGAUCCUGGGCAGCGGCAGCGCGGAGCCGCCCCGGGGGGCGGGCAGGGCGGCCUGGCCCCCCCGCGCCAGGACCCUCUCCCUCUCCUCGGAGGACGAGGAGCCCGAGGAGAGCUGGAAGCACCGCGGCUGCUUCUGCCCCGAGGCUCACGGCCCCGCCGAGCCGUGCCACAAGCACCAGCCCCACGGCUUCACCUGCCUCGGCAGCGCCAAGGGGAGCGGAGCGGCGGCCGGCGGGGAGCGGGGCCCGUUCGUGCCGCCCCCCCAGCAGGACUGUAAGGAGGAGCAGGAGAAGGCGCUGGGAUCGCCGAGCUGCGGGGAGCGGCCCCGCGACGGCGGGGAGCGGCAGGGCGGCUCGGCCAAGAAGAAGACGCGCACGGUGUUCAGCCGCAGUCAGGUCUACCAGCUCGAGUCCACCUUCGACAUGAAGCGCUACCUGAGCAGCUCGGAGCGCGCCUGCCUGGCUUCCAGCCUGCAGCUCACCGAAACCCAGGUGAAGACCUGGUUCCAGAACCGCCGGAACAAGUGGAAGCGGCAGCUGUCGGCAGAGCUGGAGGCGGCCAACAUGGCCCACGCCUCGGCGCAGACUCUGGUGGGGAUGCCGCUGGUGUUCAGAGACAAUUCCCUGCUGCGGGUGCCCGUGCCGCGCUCCAUCGCCUUCCCGGCCCCCCUCUACUACCCCGGCAGCAACCUCUCGGCGCUGCCGCUCUACAACCUCUACAACAAGAUCGAGUACUGAGCGCCGCCCGCCCCGUCGGGGCCGCGAUGGGCGCUCCGUGCGGCGAACCGGCGCGGGGGCGGCGGGACUGGCGGCGAGGAGCCCCCCGCUCAUCCCGCCGCUCGAAAAGAGAGAGAGAAAAAGCAAAAGGAGAAUUAAUUAAAGAAGUGUUAUUUCAGAUCUGUAAAUAUUUUUAAAGAAAGAAAGGAAAAAAAAAAUAAAAGGUUUGAAGCCCGGUUUGUAAAGGUGGCAGCUCCAUGUGGCGGGGCGGCCGG